CUUGGGGAGGGAAUGUGGAGAAACCUCCACGAGGAAAAUGCGCGCGAAGUGACGCGACACGCGCCGCUCUACAAGUGCUCUAACCAUAUUCCAAGAACAGCGCGAGAACCGGGGCGCGAAAACGACUCGCCCUGUUGAGGGGACAAACAUGACUGUGGUGCCCGGGGAGAACCUCGACGAGACUGUGGCAUUGGCAGCCCUGUCCCAAGAUGUUUACGACCCUGAACGGGCAGACCAGGAGUGCUGCGAGCGGGUGGUUAUCAACAUCUCCGGGUUGCGCUUCGAAACCCAACUAAAAACACUGGCGCAGUUCCCCGCCACCUUACUCGGUGACCCCAGGAAAAGAAUGCGCUUCUUCGACCCUCUGAGGAACGAGUACUUCUUUGACAGGAACCGACCGAGUUUUGAUGCCAUUCUCUACUACUAUCAGUCUGGAGGCAGGUUGAGGAGACCCGUCAAUGUUCCUGUGGACAUCUUUAUGGAGGAGAUCAAAUUCUACGAGUUAGGAGAAGAAGUCAUUGAGAAUUUUAAGGAGGACGAGGGUUUCAUCAAGGAGGAAGAGCGACCUUUGCCCGAAAACGAGUUUCAGAGGCAGGUCUGGCUGCUGUUCGAGUACCCAGAGAGCUCUGGACCCGCAAGGGGCAUCGCAAUCGUCUCGGUGCUCGUCAUUUUGAUAUCAAUUGUCAUCUUUUGCUUGGAGACUUUACCUGAGUUUAGGGAGGACGGGAAAAUGUAUGAGGAUCACCUGGCAUUCAAUGGAACUGCUAGUUCAAAGAAGCCCAAUCCAUUCACAGACCCCUUCUUCAUUGUGGAGACCCUUUGUAUAAUCUGGUUCUCCUUUGAAUUGCUCGUGAGGUUUCUCGCGUGCCCAAGCAAGCCCGCUUUCUUCAAGAAUAUCAUGAACACAAUCGACAUCGUGGCUAUUAUCCCCUACUUCAUCACUUUGGGUCUGGAGUUGGCCGAGCAUCAGGGCAACGGCCAGCAGGCGAUGUCUCUGGCCAUCCUGAGGGUCAUUCGCUUGGUGCGGGUGUUCCGCAUAUUUAAGCUUUCCAGACACUCGAAAGGGCUUCAGAUCUUGGGCAAGACACUGCAAGCGAGCAUGCGGGAACUGGGUCUCCUCAUAUUCUUCCUUUUCAUUGGAGUUAUACUGUUCUCCAGCGCCGUGUAUUUCGCCGAGACGACGACAGUGGAUUUUACUAUGACGUGA